CAUUUGUAUACUUGCAAGCUUGGCUUCACUGCAUUGUACCUGAGUUCUGCCUUACGUGACUCCAGGCCUUGCCACAUUCGCAUUCUCCUACUUGCACACGUCAGAAAUUUGGAAUCCCGCUUCCUUUGCGCGCCACGACGAUGCACACGCUAGCUCCUCGAGGUUGUGUCGGCAAUAUCGCGUCCUUGCGUAGCGCGUGCCGGCGGCAACAGUUGGCAGCAUGCAGCCCAGUCGCGCCUCGACCACACGCCCCGGCAAGCCACCUGUGGCUCGGUGCCCGCCCAGCCCCCAGCCGGGCGGUGCAAGCGCGCAUCUUUGAUGGCCUAAAGAACCUAUUUCCAGGCGGCGGUCCUAAGAAUCAGGAGCCGGAGAAGCAGUUGCUGUCGGAGGAGGAGGACGGCGAGGAGGAGGACGAGGGGGCUGAGAUGAAGCGGCUGGACUCGGAGGGCGGCGGCCUGGCGGAGGGGCAAGGCGUUUUCGGGCCGCUGGCCGUGCUGCUUGUGGGCUUCAUGGCGGAGGAGGUGGAGCGGUUCCGCAAGUUCAUGAUCGACAUGGAGGCGGACAUGGUCAAGAUUGUCCCCGCCUCCCCAGCCAUGAUGGCGGGAACCCUGGGCAGCGCACUGGAGGCCGACUUCCCACAGUAUGAGCAGCCGCCGCUGGGCACCCGGCGCACGGUGUUCCUGUCGGGCAUGGUCGGCGCGGAGAUCAUGGAGGUCAUCGCCGCCUACAAGGAUGAGGGCAUGCCGCCCACGGUGUGGGCCGCCGCGGUGCCCAACAACUGGGGCCGGGUGGUGCGGGAGCUGGUGGAGGAGGUGCACGCCGACAAUGCGGUCAUGCGGCAACGUGCCCAGGAGGCCCAGGCGCGCAAGGCGCUGGAGCAGCAGCAGGACGAGUGAAGUUGUUGCAAGGGUGUCCUUGUACGCCUGAAUUCCCUGAAAUAUUGCGGGUUUGGCUGGCUUGGCGUGUGCCGGCAGGUGCUCGUGAAGUCGUGAACGUUACAUGACUAGGGGCGUCGGAAACUGAGGUGACUGGGCUGCUUCAGUGCUGUUGACAUACGUGUCUGGGUGUGCGAUGGAACAGUGUUAAGGCAGGUUAAUGAAGUCCCAGAUCCCAGCAAAUGGCAAACAAUUCGCAACGGCAGUGCAGGAGCGCGCGGCUGCGUCAGGGCUGUUGACAUACGAGUCUGCGUGGGUGUGUCAGGGUGUGUAAACGCGAAAUAGGCUCCACUGAAAGCAUGAGAGAAGCCCUGGUGCUGCUACAAUGCUCAUGCGGUACCUCUGCGUACCGUGCAAUUGCAAUAGGGAGUGCGGAAGUCGGGCAGGCUCAUGCGGGCGCCUCGCUAGCUCUGAAUCCCGCGCGCGUCACUACAUUGGUCUCUUCUACAGCAGCACUUAUUACGCAUAUACUCAUAUACAUGGCUGUCCCUUGUGUCGUAA